AUGACAUUCGAAUUCAGCGGUGCAAACGGAGGGGGUGAACCGUUGCUAGACCUCACCUUUGAACGGCACCAUCGGGAUCGCACCGCCUACCCGUACGCGACGACAGCCCACUCGAGUCCCACCGUCCCGUCCGGCAUCAUGACCAACACGCGAGCCUGGCCCAUCCCGCUCGACAUGACGACGGCGAACCACGGCCACGGUCGUCAACCGUCGACGACCACUUCACCGGGCCACCACCAGGUCAGCCCGUCCAUGUCGACCUCGUCGAGCCCGCACAGCCAGCACUCCUCGCUCCAAGGGCCCUUCCACUCGCCGGCAAACUCCCUCACCGAUUGGGCGUUGCAGCAGCAACAACGGCAGCAGCAGCAGCAGCACCGACAGCAGGCCCAUCAACAAUCCCAUCAGCAGCUGUCCGCCUCGGACCUUUCACCCUACCUUCACGAGUCGACUCUCAUGAACUUCAACCCCUUCCCGUCGACCUUUCAACCCAACCCGCUCGAGUACCUGCCCCCGACGACGCAAGCCGCCGCCGCCGCCUUGCAGGCGAACCUGCUGGGUCCGCCGUUUGGUGGCAUGAGCUCCAUCGAUGACCAGGCCCAGGCCAUGCCGUGGGGGAAUGCCGGCAUGGACAACUGGCAAGAGUUUCAAAACACGCUGCAGAUGGACAGCCUUCCCCAGCUCGAUAGCGUCGGCAGCCUAUCCCCGACCGGAACCUACCUCGAGGUCCUUUCCCUGCCGUCCUCGACCGGAGAGGGGUGGGCCAUGGUGGACUGGGGAAGCCACAGUCUGGAUCAGUUUUCGCAGUCCCAGGGCGCCGCCAUCUUCAACCCGUCUCAGACGCUUCACCUGAGAACCAACUCGGAUUCGUCCGACGGCACAAACUCGAUGGAUUUCGGCAGCUUCGAGGAGAUCCAGCCCUUCCCCUUCUCUCCCUUCUCUCCCGAAUCCGACGGCCACCAGGACGGCAGCUCGCGCCGCAGCUGCGUCUCCCGUGAUAGCCACCACAACUCUCACGAGGAUAUCAGCCCGGCCGCCGCCGUCGCUCCGGUCCCGAUCAAGGUGGAACCGGUCAGCGCCGGUCGCAAAAGCCGAGCCAGCGGCGCCGGCUCGUCCUCUCCCUCGUCGGCGAACACCACGCGCCGCAACUCGGGACCCCGAAAGAGCCCCAUCGCCAAGAACACGAAGUCGAUCGUCCGCCGAUCCUCCAACGGCAAGCGGGACGGGGUGGGUGAGAAGAAGGUUGGGCGGAGAAAGGGGCCGCUUCUGCCGGAGCAGCGAAAGCAAGCCAGCGAGAUAAGAAAGCUGCGAGCUUGCCUGCGAUGCAAAUUCCUGAAAAAGACUUGUGAUAAGGGCGAGCCUUGUGCGGGAUGCCAGCCCUCGCACGCUCGUCUCUGGCAGGUGCCGUGCACUCGCAUCGACAUCAAGGACAUCGGCUACUUCAUGAAGGACUGGAAGGCCGACUACGAGCGGCACAUGGAUCUCGGCGUCUCCGUCUACAACGUCAAGGGCUUCUCUCCCAAGGAGACGCUCAUGUGGAUCACGCACGGCUACGGAUUUGCGCUGCCCGUCAUGGUUCGCGAGGUCUACGUCGCCAACGCCGGCUGCUUCGCCGUCGAAUGGGUCGAGUCGACCCACCCGGACCAGGAUCCCAUCGACUUCGAGACGCGCACCGAAAAGUUGGACGUCGGCGCCGAGGGCGUCCGGGUCGAUGCUCUCGCCGAGUACCUCGACAAGCACAUCGACGGACCCUUUGAGGAUUUCAUCGACGACCACUUCGAAGGCACGCCCUUUAUCACCGAGAUUCUCAAGACGGCCCAUCGCUAUUACGUCAACGAGCGCAUGCCGGUCAUCAAGAAGGCCUUGAAGCUCGUCCUCGCGUACAACCUGACCAUGCACAUCACCAUGGUCGAGAAUCAAGGGUCCGAGGUCGACCUCGACGGCCAGAUCGACGACGAAGACUCCAAGUUCUACGGCCGCACCGUCGCGCCCGUCAUGGUCAACUUCCAGAUCAAGUGUGCCCUGGCCGACAUGUGGCGUGACCUGCAAAAGGAUAUCCUCGAGGAAUUGUCCUCGCUCUACUCGGGCGUCUACAGCGGCGAGAAGAUGAAGAACUGGCCGACCAUCUUCAUGAUCGCCUCCAUCCUGCUUGCCGUGUGGGAGGAGAUGCAGUUUGACUGCCACUAUCGGGUGCCCGACCCCGCGGCCGUGAACAAGUUUUGCAACGACAUGGAGACGACCCCGGUGGGAGUGAUAGUAGGCCUGUUCCACGCCAUCUCCCAGAAGCUGCCGGCGUUUGCCGAAUGGGAUACUCGUCAGCACGGCCACUUGCUGCACAACAACGUCUCGGUCUGCGAGGCCAUGACCGAAGUCAGGCAGCACGUCAUCAAGCAUGAGGCCUAUCUGCGAACCCGAAAGGAGUCCAGGUUCGAUCGGUACAAUUUCGACUCGCUGUCCAACAAGUUUUUGUCGAAGCUAGUCAUCCGAGCCAAUUGA